AUCACAGAAGUUAGUUUUGGCUUUGCGGAGUGUAUCUACAAACUAACACCAGAUUACUCUUGGUCUUGAAAAGAAAUUUGGGGUUAGGAAUUCCCAGGCAAGCAGCAGAGCUGAGCAUAGCGAUAGGUCCACAGCCGUGUGCACGAGCAAGGCGAGUAGCGACUGCCACAGUGCCAGCUGGGACAAUAAACCACCGCGGCCCGCUACACUAUCACUGCAGAAUUGUCUGCACAAGAGAAGCAGCUCGUACUCAUCCCUGGUAGGAGUAGCGACGUGUGCUGCUGAGACUGAGGAAGAAUGGCGCAGAUGGACGUGAGGAAGCCAGCGGCACCAAGCAGCCUAUCCGUCUCGGGUGGUGUGGCGAUAAAAACGAAGAUGGAGGCGCGCUCGGCCGAGGGUUUCAGCAUCAAAUCCACCAUGAAAAACACUGUCGUCGAGGGACCGCCUGAGUGUGGAGCAACCAGAGUCCGACCUCUUGAGGGACCGACGGGUUUUCGCAAGUUCUACGAGCGCGGUGACUUCCCCAUAGCUCUGGAGCACGACACGAAAGGAAGCAAAAUAGCAUGGAAGGUGUCUGUCAACCAGCUAGACUACCAUCACUAUCUGCCGCUGUUCUUCGACGGCCUGCGAGAAACGGAACAUCCGUACGAGUUCUUCGCAAGGCAGGGUGUCCAUGACAUGCUCGAACACGGCACACAGGACCAGAUCUUACCAGUAAUACCGCAGAUCAUCAUCCCAAUCAAAGCGGCACUCAACACUAGACACCCAGAAGUGGUGUGCACAACGUUGAAGAUCCUCCAGCGCCUGGUGACGUCCGCUGAGAUGAUUGGUGAAGCGCUUGUUCCCUACUAUCGACAGAUCCUUCCCAUCCUCAACAUCUUCAAGAACAAGAACCUGAACAGUGGUGACAAGAUUGACUACAGCCAGCAGAAGCGCAUCAACAUCGGUGAUCUCAUCCAGGAAACACUGGGACUGUUUGAACAGCACGGCGGUCCUGACGCUUUCAUUAACAUCAAGUAUAUGAUUCCCACGUACGAGUCGUGCGUCCUCAACUGAUGGGCGAGACUGUAAGCUGCGUGUGACAAUGGCACUGUCAAUUCUCUCCGUGAAAUGCAGCCGACGGUGCUGGUCGCUACCGUCUUAUUGGAUUACACGCCGUCGCUGCUACAGUAUCCCACCUGUCAUAUUGAGAGGCAUGUAGCUCAGAAUGCCUGUCUGAGAUAUUUAUAUGCAGAGAUGUGCGCCGGUCAUCACACCGGGGAGUUUAGACGGCUGGCCGAUUCUGUAUUGAUCAGCUGUGCAUCAUGCUAUCCGAUCCAUGUUUGCUUGACUCUUCCUUGCACGCAUCAGUUUAGAAUUCCCCUCAUGCCGGCUGGAAAUGGAACUGCUCCUCUUGGUCCACGGAAGCAAUUGUAACGUUUACUGUAACCAGAACACUGAUGUAAAUUGUGAUUCAAACUUCGCUUUCUUGUUUGCUGGAUUUAGAUUUUAGUGCCACUUCUCCAAAGAGUUUUGGUUCGUCCCGUCCCCUGAGUUCUUUCUUUUGUUUUAAAAGUUGCUUCGGAUAUGGUCUAGAUCCAGUCUUGCCGCGAUGCUCAGCUGGUGGUGUGAAUGUAUUCUGAGUCAACACCAUGCCUCACGGUCUAGCAGAUAUGCUUUUUAAAGAAACUGGUUUAAUGCUGCCAUGUGCCGGAGAAGCUCUAAGUUAGCAGCUAGUGAUACCGGUACUUCUCUUUUUAGUGUUUGUGUGUGUAGAAGGCCUCGUGCGGUUUUGCCAUUCUGGACUGUUGAUGGUGUGUAAUGGUAUGACAUCGCGAUAACAUGAUGAUAAGAACAGAUUAUUGAGAAUUA